AUGGCACCUCCAAAUGAUUCUUUAAAUUCAAUCCUCAUCGUGUCCCAACCCGAGAGUUUGGAACAAUACUUUGAUCUUUCUAAUGGAAAUCUUAGUGUUAGAGGAGUUCCAUUGCUCUCUGAAGUUCCAAGCAAUGUCACUUUGAAUCCCUUUUACUCAAUCUGCCAGCCGUCUGAUGAUGUUCCACUUCCUCUGCUCCACCGUGUCGGUGCCUUGUCCCACAAGGGAGGGUUCCUUGGAUUCAACAAGGAGGAGCCUUCGGAUAGGUUGAUAAACUCCUUGGGCAGAUUUAGCGGCAGGGAUUUUCUUAGCAUCUUUAGGUUCAAGACAUGGUGGUCUACCAUGUGGGUGGGAAACUCUGGGUCAAAUGUGCAACUGGAGACCCAAUGGGUUCUUUUUGAUGUCCCUGAAAUAAAGUCCUAUGUCAUAAUCAUCCCCAUUGUUGAUGGCUCUUUUAGGUCUGCUCUUCAACCUGGCACUGAUGGCCAUGUCAUGAUCUGUGCUGAGAGUGGUUCUACCCAAGUGAAAGCAUCGAAUUUCGAUGCCAUUGCUUAUAUCCAUGCUUCUGACAAUCCCUACAACUUGAUGAAAGAGGCCUUUAGUGCUAUUAGGGUCCAUCUCGAUACUUUUAGGCUGUUGGAAGAGAAAACAGUCCCAAAUCUUGUUGACAAAUUUGGUUGGUGCACUUGGGAUUCCUUCUACUUAACUGUAGAACCUGUUGGUAUCUGGCAUGGUAUCAAUGAAUUUGCUGAAGGCGGUGUAUCUCCUCGCUUUCUCAUCGUUGAUGAUGGCUGGCAAAGCAUCAAUUUUGAUGAUGAUCAGGAUCCAAGUGAGGACGCGAAAAAUUUAGUUCUCUGUGGGAGUCAAAUGACUGCUAGGCUUCACAGGCUUGAUGAGUGCAAGAAGUUCAAGAACUACAAAGGUGGAUGCAUGUUGGGUCCCAACGCUCCUUCAUUUGAUCCGAAAAGGCCAAAGAUGUUGAUAGGCAAAGCAGUUGAACUAGAGCAUGCUGAGAAGGCCCGUGACAAGGCCAUUCAAUCUGGAGUCACUGACUUAUCCGAGUUUGAAAGGAAAAUUCAGAAGUUGAAUCAGGAGUUGAAUGAGUUACUUGGUGGAGAAGAAAGCAGUGUUUCUAAUAAUGGCUGUGAAAGAAGUCCUUGCGGGGCUGAAAGCUAUGGGCUUAAGGCUUUCACAAGUGACUUGAGAACCAAGUUUAAGGGUUUGGAUGAUAUAUAUGUGUGGCAUGCUCUUUGUGGUGCCUGGUCUGGUGUUAAGCCAGGUGCAACCCACCUCAAUGCAAAGGUCACUCCCUGCAUUGUCUCUCCUGGACUUGACGGGACGAUGAAUGAUCUCGCUGUGGAUAAAGUCGUUGAGGGUGGGAUGGGACUUGUUCAUCCGGACCAUGCUAAUCUUUUAUAUGACUCUAUGCACUCGUACCUUUCCGGAGUUGGUAUCACAGGAGUCAAAGUGGAUGUUAUUCAUACUCUUGAAUAUGUGUCCGAGGAAUAUGGAGGCCGUGUGGAGCUUGCAAAGGCUUAUUACAAGGGGCUGAGUGAUUCUCUUGUGAAGAACUUCAAUGGGAGUGGGCUUAUUUCUAGCAUGCAACAAUGCAAUGACUUCUUCUUCCUUGGGACAAGGCAAAUCUCUAUGGGAAGAGCUGGAGAUGAUUUUUGGUUCCAGGAUCCAAGUGGAGAUCCUAUGGGAGUUUACUGGUUACAAGGUGUGCAUAUGAUCCACUGUUCCUACAACAGCAUGUGGAUGGGUCAGAUGAUAGUCCCUGAUUGGGAUAUGUUCCAAUCAGACCAUCUGUGUGCCAAAUAUCAUGCUGGAUCCAGGGCUAUCUGUGGAGGUCCAGUGUAUUUAAGUGACUACGUCGGUAGCCAUGAUUUCGAUCUCAUAAAGAAGCUUGUUCACCCAGAUGGUACCAUUCCCAAGUGCCAGAACUUUGCCCUUCCAACAAGGGACUGCCUCUUCAAAAACCCUUUAUUUGACAACAAGACUGCUCUCAAAAUUUGGAACUUGAACAAGUAUGGUGGAGUGAUUGGAGGGUUCAACUGCCAAGGGGCUGGUUGGGACCCCAAGGAGCACAGGAUCAAAGGCUAUCCAGAUUGCUACAAGCCAAUCUUUUGUUCAGUGCAUGUUUCUGAUAUUGAAUGGGAUCAAAACAUAGAAGCAGCCUAUUUGGGCAAGGCUGAAGAGUACCUGGUCUAUCUCAACCAGGCUGAUGAGCUGCGCCUUGUGACUCCAAAAUCUGCUGCAAUUCAAAGCACUCUCCAGCCGUCUUCGUUCGAGCUUUUCACCUUUGUGCCAGUCCAAAAGCUCAGCGAUAGCAUCAAAUUCGCGCCAAUUGGACUUACAAACAUGUUCAACAGUGGAGGAACCGUCCAAGAGUUGGAGUACGAAAGUGAGGGUGAGUUUAGUGCCAAGAUGAAGGUUAAAGGAGGAGGCAAUUUCUUGGCCUACUCAAGUGGAUGUCCAAAGAAAUGUUAUUUGAACGGUGCUGAGGUGGCUAUCGAGUGGUCCGAGGGCAAACUGAACUUGAGUCUUCCUUGGGUUGAAGAAGCUGCUGGCAUUUCUGAGUUGGGUUUUGUGUUUUGA